UGGCCCGGAACUGCUUUCUGGACUCCAGCGCUCUGGAACCACCGCCUCCCAUGGCUUCAGCCUCAAAGUAAGGCCGUCGGGACGCGUGGCACGGCUUGGAAUGAAGUAGCCGCCAAAACCCCUCGCCAGUUGGCGCUCGGGCCCCGCCUGCGCAGUCCUCUGGCUACGUGGGGUCAGGGACAGCCUGCUGCCCCUCCCGUCGCACAGCAGCCGCUCUGGCUAAUGCUCCGGCUACGCCUGCAGCCACGUCCCUCGGCUUGGGCUCCUCGCAGCCCUCGCCGCGGAUCGCUGGGCACCAGGGACCAGCAACUAGAAGAUACCGACCGCCCGACCCCAUCUACUCAGGCGCGUGUGCGAGGGACCGGCCAGGAGCCCUCCGCCGCCCCAGGGAGUCCACGGGGAGGCCGAGCUGCACACAGGAGCGUACAACCGGCACCGCCGCUUCUCAGGCAGGCGCGUCUCAGGGACCCGCCAGCCCGUCCUGGUGCCCGGCUCCCACCGCCCCGGGGGCGCGGGGGCGCCACAACUCCUGACACCAGACGGCGGCGCCUUCUGCAGACGCUUUCCAGGAGCCUUUCCGUGGGAACUGCGAGCAAGGAAGGAAGGAGGCAGGGAGGAAGGAGCGAGGCGACGACUAGUACUCGCCACGCACCCACCCGACACCGGGGCACCGGACCGCUUGAUCCCACGCCCGGCGGGGAGGGCAGCGCCCUUGGAACCAGGUGGACCUGGAAUUUUCUAAAGAUCCCAGAGCUGGGCGGGCUGCAACUCGGUGGCCGGGUAUCCCCUAGGGCUGGACAGACCUGCCGACGCAAAUUCCGGGGCCCUUAGGGCUGGUCCCCUCCCGGCCGGACUUGAGGCCCCAAGGACGACUCUGGGACCCCCAGGCGGGUCUGGA